UUUUGCCUAGUGUUGGCUACCACAAAUUAUAUACAUACAUUUAGCCCUACAUUUACUGAGGCCACGAAACAGUGUUUCCGUCACGCAUUAUGUGCCGACCCUACAUAAAUCCAUUUAUACAAUAUAGCACAGGGUCAUUUUAAUCCGGAUCAUUUUGAUCUUCUCGCGAAAGCAGCUCUGAUUCACCCCAUUCCCCUUCCAUGAGAUAUUAAGUUCUAUGGUACCGACAGAGUUUCUUACCGGUUUGUAAAAUGCACCACCAGUCGCCGUCGUGUACCAAUGCUCAUGUCAUUCUUUGAAAACUGUCGAGGGCUCUCUCGUUCUUUCUCCGAGCCUUUUUUAAUUCAUGACUGGGUUACUUGCGUUCUGCAUAGUCUUUUUAAUCCUCUACUGUUUCUUCACCCGAGUGGUACCGAGGCUCCUGGCGUGGAUAGUGAAACGUCGUUAUAAAAUUCACCUAAGAGUGGGCCACAUAUCCGUACCCUAUUUUAUCUUCCGUGAUGUCAACGUAACGAAAAACGGCUUUACACUGCAAAUCGAGGAGAUAAGCAUACGCAGCAGCUUACUUAGCAGCGACGUGGCGAAAUUGUUGGCUGUCGUUAUGAGGGACGUCAGGAUAAAUAAGGACGUCCCGGUCGGCCCGACGUGUAAGAUGAAGCAGAGCAACGAGCUGUUAGAUUUUAGAAACAAGAAAAUACCUCCGAUCAUAAUCAAAUGCGUUCAGUUUACAGCUGUGCACGUGGAGAACAUAAGUCUACUGGCUCUCGGCAACGGCUGGCUGGCAAAUGGGAAUGCGGAGAGUCUGAGCCUGGACGGCAGUAUCGUGCACGGUGCACGCACUCUGUUAGCGUCCGCCUCUAUCGUCGGUGGGACCAUGAAAUUGCUGCGGCACGCCUCCGACGCGUGUCUCUCUCAAAUAACGUUCGCCGGGACGAUAGAAGCCACGUUUAAGGCUCAGGGAGAACUUUCAGUCGAGACACUGUGCAUUGGAGUGACGCAAACUGAAGGUUCCGGCGGUGCGGGUCUCAUUCAGUUCCUGAAAGACAGGAGUUCGCUUAAUGCCACAGCUUGCACAUGCACCAACGUACAUAACAACUCGUCCAAUAACUUGAUGGCUAGAAUAGCACCCGUCUUGCCAAAGGAUUUCACAUUGAAAGUCGGCAAUUCGUUGAUAAUAGCUGGUAGAGAGGAUAGCAGUAUGGUAGGCUUGGAGGGUACCUUGAAGAGUCUUCAGGUCCACGCCAAGUUUCAAGCUAACAGGACGCGAUUGAAUUUCACCGCGGGCCUAGACGGCUUGUGUGUCCGCGGGAAGCUUCCCAUUUUGACUCUACACUCGCUGUCGAUCGAUACGAAGAUGGAGGAGAACGCUUUGUGCGUCGACGUACAGCUGAAUAAUCUUUCGGCGCUGUACGACCACAGAGACUGGGAGUUGUUGCUGUACAGCAAUGAAAACGACAACUCGAAGCCUGUCAGCGGUAUGUCGUUGAAGGACAGACUGCCGAACUUGGAGAUAACGUUAAACGCCGAGCUGUACGAUUCCUCGUUGAACGUAAAAUUGCCAGACGUGCAGGAGGCAUAUUGCGGCGUCGCGCACAUGAAAUUUGCCUUGAAUUCGUGCGCAGACAAAGCCAAGAAUCUAAACACGGAAUUAGUCGUCGAGUCGUUAUACUGCGCGUUGAACGGGGCGAAUGGCAGCAUCUCCGAAACUUCUCACCAAUGGGGUACCCCGCUCUCCAUCGGGGUGUUGCUGGCGACAACUCGUAGCAACGCUAUAGGAAUCGCAGUCGAUGCUCUCAUAACGGAAUGGAGCUUGGAGCUCGCGAAAUUUCUCGAGCAAGCUUACAAGUGCUACAAAAGGUAUCGGCAACCGAUAGUGAAGAAGGAAGACAUAAUAUCGCGCAAUUCUAUUCAAUUGAACCUCAAAGUGACAAACUGCAAUCUGUUCUUUAUCGCGGAGAAUGAGCUAUCCAUAAUGAUGCGCUUGGACGUGGCGACUGUGGAGCAAAGCGCAAAGCGGUUUGUAGGCGUGGCGGAAGGUAUGAGCGCGAUUACUCUCAACAAAAACGAGCCGAUUAUGUGCCAGCACGCGCAAGCCUUGACGCAUCCCUUUCUGGCGAUACGAAAGUGCAAAGCUGCGAUUAAUUCCGACGCUGUGAACAUCAGUCUCGACGGCACUAAUCUAGCGUGGAGUCCUAACUUGCAUCUUCGCCUGUUGCAAUUCUGGGUGGAGUCUGAGGACUUUAGGUCUAUCGUCAGGAAAGAGAUGAGCACGACUCGUAUCGAAGAAGUGCAAAAGAAGAAACGCGUCUUGGACCUUCUGGCCACAGGUGGAAUUACUGUCUCCAUAGAUAUUUCCACUAAACACUUUUUAAUACUGACGUCCGAUCAGCUGCGUUGGUCGCAGGGCGAAUGGAGACUCACCUACGUCCGAGUCACUCUGGAUAUGGCCGAUGUGAUUAUGAUCGAAGGUUUCGAAUUGAUUAGAAUAGCCGAUAACGCGGAAGUGCGAGCGGAGAGGCAGAGCAACGAGGGUUUCGUGCUAGAUUGGAACGAGUGUUGGGCGCUGAACGUGGACUCCAUCAAGAUUUGCUUUCCGUACGAGCAUCAGUUUACAAACGCGAUACAGAAUGAACUGCUCAGCAUCAGGAGGUGGCUGAAGGAAAUCCAUUCCUCGAGCAUACCUAAACAAGAGUCGCUACCUUGCGAUCUGAUCAUCAAGAUCAAGGAGUGGACGUUCGAGCUGAGCGACGAUCCGUUUGAGGUGCGUUUGCGCGACAAUUACGAGCUGCUCGAGGACGAGUACAAAGAGAGCUUGAAGCGGCAGGCGAUGCUGGAUGCCAAGGUACAGGAGCUUUGCCGCGCGCACCUGCUGCUGCCGCAGGGAAAGGUUGAGGAAUUGUACGCCAGCUUGAAUAAGAAGAACGCGGAAAUCUACGUGCAGAGGUGGAAGCAGAUGCAACGGGCGGGCCCGGCGAGGACUCGAUUGUUCGCAUGGACCAUGUUGGACCUGGAGGUAUUGAUUCUGGCCGAUCCGUCCGUCAACGGCACGGAGAGGGCGGUGCGAGCGCUCCGGGAGAUGGACUCGGAGACGCCGUGGCCCGAGGACGGUCUGGAAUUCAACGCCGUGUGGGUCCGCGGAAUCAGCCUGAAAUGCGCCGAGUGGAAGCUCCAGCUUCGCGACUUCCCGCAGCCGCUGCUCCUGGUGGAGAAUCUGAAUGUGUGGGGCAGACUAGCCGGGGCGGAAGCUCUGGCGCCGCCGCGGGCGAAGCGGACCGUGAGGAUCGAGAUCGGCGCCCCGUGGGAGGAUAUCGUAGUGGAGAGAGGAAUGACGUCUCUCAAGUAUUAUCACGAUCUCAAUUGGGACAUCGACAAGUUCAGAUACGCGUUCGGUCCGUGUUGGGAGCCAGUUAUAGCACAGUGUAAUCUCAGCUUCGAGAAGAUCCUCCAUCCGUCGCGGGACCCGAGCCCGCCGUUGCCGUUCUGGGACAAGAUGCGACUGGCCCUUCACGGCAGACUGACGCUCUGUGUGAAACAGCUGACGGUGCUGUUGCACGGCUCCCUGGACCCGUACAACACCACAGAAGAGAUGGAGCUCACGUGGACCGGGCUGGAACUCGACUGGACGCAGGGGAAGAUUAUUAUCAAAGGCGACCUCGACGUGUACGUGCGUACAGCCAGUAAAUACGACGAUUGCCGGUUACUGCACUUGCCCAACGUUAGAUUGAGCGUUAAACUGGCGUGGGUGUGCCUGGGCGAUCCGCGCGAUCAUCACGCCGCUAUACCUUGCGCCCCGGACCGAUUGCCCGAGUACUCGAGCAAUCAAGAGCACGACUCGUUCAGGGCGUUUCGCUCUCAGAACCUGAACGUCAGCCUCUCGUUGGAGACCAAGCCGACUGGCUCGCCCACGUUGACCAGCGCGCCAACGGCUCUGCUCUACGGCAGCACGCUGCGGUGGUUCGAGAAUCUCAAGUUCAUUCUGUCGGGCGCGACGAGGCCCACGAGGAAAGGGCCGCUGUUCAAGAACAUUCGACCCAGGAAGAAGCAGCUCAGCAGGCACUACAGGAAAGUCCGGCUGACCCUGGCCUUCCAUCGCUUCCACGUCAACUACUGGAUGUCGUUCGCCAUGCAGCGAGGCUUCGAGGUGACCGGUGGCCGGGUCGCCUGCAGCUCGGAGCACAAUCUCGCGCUACAUCCGAUCGACGACGGGCUGAUCCAUCGGCCGCGGGCGGAAUGGUCCAUCGUGUACAUGAACUGCGAGCUGAGCGACGCCGAGAUCUGGCUGAAGAGCGCCCUGCAGGAGGAUGAGGUGGAGAGCGCGUCUCUGCGCCAGCCGGUCGAAAAGUGCUACUGCCUGAGCGUGGCGCGCGUCAGCUACGGCAGGGAGGCGAUGGUGGUCGGGGUGAGCGGCGACACGCCGAUUCACCGGCUGGUCGUGCACGACCUGCGCGGCGCCUGGACCAAGACCAACCGCGACGUCGCCUUCGCCCUCUUCGACUCCUUCAUCACGACCCAGCAGCUGAAGAAGAAUCUGUCGACCGCGGCGCUCAAGGGUUUCCACAGGGACAACAGUUCGACGCUCAAUCCGCACAAAAAUCGUGCCGCCGCACGGCCAAACGUGGUCGAUCAGCAGGGCAACUCCACGCAGGUCGUCACGCCGUCGCCCUCCGUCAAGCCGCAACAAGGCGAGGCGGCGGGGAUGCUGCAGCAGCUGAUAGCGGAGGCCGCGAAUAAACCCGUCGCCUUCAGCGACGAUCUGUCGGUACAAACCAGGGGACAGCAACUGCGCGGGCUGGCGGCGUGUCACCAGGACGACGUUCUGCACAAGAACUGGCUGAUUGCUCUGGUAAACAGCCAGGUGCUGUUGAAAGGCAUCGAGACACGCGGUUACGUGAUCCUCUCGGCGGCCAAAGCGGAAAUAUUGCAGAGGGUUCAUCGUCCGGUUUGGAAGGAGCGAUCUCUCGUCCCGAAGACGACUUGGGUCGGCUCGUUGGAGUGCAUGCAGUACUACGCCACUGUGAGCGCAAACAUCGACGACAAUAUCGACGACAACAUUAUGUGGCUGACAUUGGAUAACAUACAAGAGAAAGACUCCACCAUCAUAGCCGGCCUGCCGGACGUCCCGGCUCUGGUGGGAUCUGGUCAGAGUGUCGGCGGUGUGGUCACUCAGACGGUGGGAGGCGGUGGCGGCCCUCAGCAUCAAUUGCAACGCAUAGUGUCCCGGUGCAAGUGUGAAUUUUUUUACGUCGGUUACGGCCAGACCUUGGACGUGGGCUCCGUGGAUCUGGUGCCGGUUCCGCCUGGAGAAGAGGUCAGCCCGUGGGAGAGAAAGGACCUGACCGCGGCCGACGCGUUCACCUUGAUGCACCACGAUCUGGACGUGUGCACCAAUUCGUUGCAAUACGCAAUGAUCCUGGACGUAGUUAAUAAUUUGCUGCUGUAUGUGGAACCGAGGCGAAAGGAGGCCUCGGAGAGGUUGCAGAGGAUGAGGUUUCAGCUGCAGCUGCACUCGGUCGAGGACCAGAAGAGGCCGAUACAGCAAUUGCAGAACACAGUGCGCGGCUUGGUGGCGAAGCUGAGGCGGUUGGAACGCGAGACGUACCUGGUGCAAAAAGCUCUCGCCGACGAGUCCAAUCCGGAGUUGUUGACGGAGAUGGAACGUCUGGAGGCGAGCGUGUUCGAGUGCAAGGAGCAGCUUGGCGCCAAGGCGGAAGAAUUGGACGUGAUGCUGAGUUGUUACAAGGAAACCACCGCGCCAGCGGCCGCGUCUACCACGCUCAAGGACAAGCCGGCCGCGGUGGCCAGGGUAGCUGAGAUUUGCUUCAAACACGCGCAGUGGAGGCUGACGGAUGCGGACGGUCAGUUGGGCAUCGCCGAUCUCAUUCUAACAAAUUUUCUUUACACGAAGACCAGCAAGACCGACGACUCGGUGGAGCAUCUGCUGGAGCUGGGGUACGUCCGGAUGACGAAUUUAUUGCCGAAUCAGAUUUACACGGAGGUACUGGUGCCCACGGAACUACAGAGUAACAUGCCUGUAGACCGGCAGAGAGCACUUCGAGUCUUCUGCAGGGAGAAGGCGCCGGUGGCGGGGAUUUCCGUGAAGGAACACUUUGAGAUCAACGUGGUACCUCUUACGAUAGGUUUGACGAAAAAGUUUUUCAAUACUAUGCUCAAGUUUUGUUUCCCCGAGAGAGAUCCGGAAGGCAUAGAGGAAACUCCAGCGCCACAACGUGAUUCGUCCUUUUACGUACCUAUCGAGAGAAGAGACGACGUGGAGAAGAUGAAAGAAAGAGCGGACAAGAACAAAUUAUUCAUAUAUAUUAAGAUACCGGAAGUACCUGUUCGCGUGUCGUAUAAGGGAAACAAGGAGAAAAACCUCGAAGACGUGCGUGACUUCGCGCUGGUCAUACCGACUCUGGAAUACCAUAACGUGACGUGGACAUGGCUCGAUCUGCUUCUAGCCAUGAAGAGCGAUUCCCGGCGUGUGAUAUUGAGCCAAGCGAUUAAACAGAAGUUGCAAAUAAAACCGAGAGGGCCGCCCGAAGAAUCCGCGCCGCAGGAAGAAGAUAAGGCCCGCCUUUUAUUAGGGACCAGACAUCUUCCUGGAGACGCGAGAAAGAAAAGCGUGUUUAAAUUUAAAUAAGUAAUUUAUACAACUGAC